AUGGCGGCGGCGCUGGGGCCCGUCAACGCCCGGUGCCCGCAGGCCUGCGUCAGGGGUUACCUGCUGCGGAAGCGGUUUCGGAGCCUGCGGGAAGAGUACGAGGAGGUGGUGCGGGAGAUCGAAGGAGACCUGAGCCGGCUGGAGUGGAGGGGACGGUUCCUGCCGCGGCCCCUGUUUGUCCCCGAGAAGCCAGCACAAGGGAAGCAUUCAGGUCUGUUGGAGGCUGUACCGAGUGACAAGGCCAGUGCAGAAAAACCCCAGGAGGAGGUGGACGCCUCAGAACCAGAACAUGACUGGGACUGCAGCAGUGUGAAACCUACAGCUCAGCUGGAAAGCCAGAAAGAACUGAGCUCCACGGGUGAAGGCGAUGCAGCGAACCCCCCAAAUCCCAGGGCUGAUGCCGAUAAAUGUACUGAAAAGGAGUGCGCUGCCCCAGCAGAGAGCGAGGACUGGCAGAAUGACAGCAACGUAUCCUCUGUGUGGGACAGCGCUGUCCUGGAGGCCGAGUCCUUCGAAAGCUGCCUGGAAAUUCCACUCGAGGACAUAAAGGACCUUCCUCGAACUCGGUCUGGUCUCCAGUCCUACAGAAAUCACUUGAUCAUGGAGUUGGUGUGGUUGCAACAAGCUAUUGUCAGCCGUAAAAACUACUUGAUGCUGAAACAGAGGCUGGGGACUCCUGACCCGUAGGAUGGCAUUCCCAAGCACGAGGGGCACUUGUAUUGGUGUGGAGAAGCAGUGGAGCUGCGGCACCGCAGUCAUGAUGUGACUUCACAGACAGCAGCAGCUUAGGGGAACUCCAGCUCUGUGGGUUGAUGUUUUCCACUUCAGAUGAAUGUGGGAAGAAAGCCUUUUAUUUCUUUUAAAUGUGAAUAUUUGGUCAAAACAGGGAUUAAACACCACUGUGAAGCCAGGGAGGUGGUUGUGUAUCCUGGAGGGCGUCCCAGUGAGGGCUUCUUCCCCAAGAACCCUAUUUUUGUUGGCUGAGCUGGACCGUCCUAGGGGAAAAUCGAGGCUAGGAAGACUGUCACUUACAGAAGGUGCUUUCUGACCAGCUGAUUGCAUGUGGUGGAACUAAAAUGCCUGAAGGCAGCAGGUGCUUUGAACCUGCAGGAACAAGCUCUUCUCCACUGAACUGUGUGUGACCCAUAC